CGCAGCGGCCGAGUGCCGUGCACCUUGCUGCCUGCCUGCCUGCCAGCUGACAUUCCUCCCUCAACCAUCGCCCCGUGAGCACUGGUGCACCGCCCAUCUUCCCCUCCCGGCACCCGGCUCUCACAUUCACCUCGGACCGUGUUGGUGGUGAGGUUCUGGUAACACGAACUCACGCAAAGAAAAGACAGAAAGAAAGAAAGAAAAAAAGGUCGGGUCAGGAGACAAUAAGGAAAAAAACGGUAAGAAAAGAAAAGAAAAACAAACAAUCAGAUCGACCUGGCCAUGUGAAGCCGUGACUGACUGCCCUCUCCUUCACGACAGACACAGUCACUCGCCGGAACUGCUCAGGUUCAAUCGCGCCUCUCCUCUAUUGCGUCCACGAACUGUGAAAGAUAAUAGCAAGCGUCGGCUCAGUCGGUACAUAAGACAGUCAUUUCUCUCUCUCGCCGGUAUUGACUCUUAUCUGAUCAAGGAUGACCGAGGUGAUGACUAUGUCCGCACCAGCCGGGGUCAACCUGAGUACUUACACCUACACCUCUGCGCCCAGGAUCGUCCAGAACUCCCGCAAAGGCUCCAACCGGGGCAAUGGCAACCCGAUGUAUGACCGCCGGGUUGUGCGGGGCUCCAACUACGCCAAACGCCUGGGGAACGAGGAAUGGCCCAAAUGGAAUCCUUACUUCACCAACGCUCGCUCUCUUGAAAACAUCAAGCCUGAACCCGAGACUAAUCUACGGCGGCAGGAGUUCCGGGAGAAGCUUGAGGCGCGGGCACGGCUGCGGCGGGAGAGUCACGGCCUGUCCUCCCUGUACCCAUCCCACGCCGCCUACGCCCGCCCUCGCGCACACACCCAUGCUUACGUCCAGACUGAAAACUAUUACGAGCCGCUUGAGCGUCCCCCAGAGGCUGAGGUGGGCUUGCAGACCGAGGCGUGGGGGGAGGAUGGUUUCCCGCCCCCCGUGAUGUUCCACUCCCCUGCAGUCGCCGACAUGAGCACGCAGGUGUUUGAGGACGAGCUGUACGAGGAGGACGAGGGCGAUGUGGCGGUGGCGGCGCUGGUGGCAAGGACGCUGCGGGAGGCGACGCUGGAGGUGCUGGAGGAGGAGCAAGAGGAGGAGGAGAGGCUCAGCAGGAUGCGGGAGGCUCUACUGCACAAGGUUGCCAGCGUGGGCGAGGACCAGGAGGAGAACAGUAUAGAUAAUGAUAGGGAGGGCGAGGAGGAGGGACAGGAGAAGGAGGAGGCCGAGGAGAGGGAAGACCCGGAUGGUAAGGAGACCUCACCCCUGGACACACAGGAGCCCGCCAGGUCCCCCGAGCUCCCUGAGGACUUGGUGAAGGGUGUGACGGGUCUUGACGACGAUGCAGUCGACCCUGUGGCGUGGUCGCCUCGUGUUGUGGAGGCGACGAGGACCAAUGGAAGCACAGCACGUUUCUCCACAACCAGUGAGGAGGAAGGCUCCUCGACCCACCCAAACCCGCCCAACGCUUUUCUUUGUAGCUUUUCUUUCCCAAACUCCGGUGCCACAUUUAGCCAAAACUCCAUCAACAGUACAAUAACUGUAUAUAGUUUUGUUUCAUUAGGUAACAAACGAAAAAAAAAUCCAGUUACUUUGAUUUUAUUUUGUUUUUAAAAUUUCAUGUUUGAAUUUCCCUCUCGAGAGUAACUGAUGUUUUGCGUAUCUCAAAGAAACGUCCCACAAACAUUACGUAAUGACUAUGUACGUACUAUUGGCCUUGAAUUGCCUUACUGAAAUAGUCCCUCUCAAGGCUGUGUAUAUGUAGACUUACCUGAAUUUCAUAAUUAUAAAACUAACUUUAAUAACGACAGCCAACCACCAGAUUUCAAGGUUUUUCUGUCCCUUCAUCCACAUACGUAGGUGUAUGCAUAGUACAGAUCCGUGCCCUCGGGUGUGUCUAUGGUCCGAAUUCUGAAACUCUUUGCUCUAUUAACACCACUAUUUCCAAAGGCCACAGGUAAGUCGAGAUCUCAAGACUGCUUCUCCAGUUAAUAAAGUAGAAAUCUUGUUAAUCUGUCACUAGAAACAUAAAAAUACAUUUGAAAACCCGUGUAACUUCAACUACGUAGAGCCUUUUGAAUGUAGUGGAGGUGCGGCGCAGAGGUGUUUCAGAAUCCGGUCCUAUAUUUGUCCCUCUCGACGUGACACCCUCCCAACCCCCGUACCUGAGUCGUGCCGUGUCCGAGAACCUGCUCAGUUACCCUUGGCGCGGCAGGCAAGAAGAAAACUGUGCUGUGCCGCGCCGUCCUAUCUGGGUGACUGCUACAACUCGUGGUUAAAGAAGCAACACGUAAUAUUAUGGUACUUUCCUUUCGUGUGACAUGAUAACAUAUUACUGUACUCAGUGUAAUGUAAAAACAAAAUGCCAAUGUGUAGUUAUAUGUCAAGACGAUUCACAGAGUAAUUAAUUUAUGAAAAGUCAUUGUAUAUUUGGGAUAAGUUCCUAUGUUAUCUGUAGCUUUUAGAGGAGUAUGGAACACACCCUGAAAAAUGGCCCUCUAUUUUAAGCGCUGGGCUGUAAGUGAGCUGGCAGAUGGAUACACAACAAGGAUAUUUCCCGCCGCAACACACGAUGCUCCAACAAGUGAUGAUAAGGAGAUCGCUGGUGCAGAAGGAAGGCCGGUGACUGGCUGAGAGUACGCCUGCCUCUAGCCUCUAGUCGUCUUUUCAGUGUGUCCGCGCUGCCAAGCUCUAAAACGACCAGAUUGAGUGCACCAUACAAGAGUGUGAUAGAGGUUACCUGUGUGUGUGUGUGUGUGUGUGUGUGUGUGUGUGUGUGUGUGUGCCCUGAUGCUAAGUUUUAGGGUUUCUGUACCAUAGUGAGCGGCGUCAGACGUCGAGCAAACAGUGUCAAAGUGCUUAGAGCAGAGAAGGUUAGUUGCGUCACUCGCUCUGUCACCUUCUUGCUCUCGGGAAGGACCUACGGCCGGGUGGUGACGGCACAGCUUCCGGAACUCACGAGGAAAUAUUGACUCACGGUUUGCACUUGAAUUUCUGGCUACUGAAUGGCGAAUAUGCACUGUUGUCUAUAGGUGUAUACAUGUAAACCGUUUUUGAAUACGGGAAUACAAAACGUAUCGAAGAUAUUUUCAUUAUAUUUCAUAAGAACAUAAAAAAAGGACCAUUUCUUUUUCCCUGUAACUCUUAAUCCAACUUGCUGGAAAUAUACACUUACUACUUGAAUUUCUUAUAUCCUUCUUCUUUAAUGUUAUGUAAUAUAUUUAGUUGCUUGCUGCCUGAACUUUUAAGUGAUGAGCUUUGCGAGGCGUAACAUUCAUUUCAACACCCACGAUGCAACUUGUAUUUGUAUUUCACUUUUAUAUAUCAUGAUGUUUUCUAGAUACUUUAGCCUCUUAUUUCAACUGUUGUAUAGAUAUUGCUUCUGUUCAGUCUUGUCUCCUGCGUUCGAUCUUCCUCGCCUUCUGUUAUUUUUUACGUCACUUUUUCACAGUUAACAAUCUUCACACAUAGCAAAGUGUUCUGCUGUUGUUUGACCAAAGUGGCUUCUUAUAUGUUAAGAGCUUUGACUUUUAUACGAAGAAUAUAAAGGUGUAUCAAGGCACGUCCACAAUCAGGAACUAAUCUGUGCUCAUUUAUGCUUUUGGUUUGUAGAUGAGUACCUGAGAUUUAUUUACUUAUUUUUCUAUUUGUUUAUAUAUCCAUUUGCUAUUUUCCUACUUUUAUCUCGUCCUUAUUGUUUAUUGUUUUUUUUUCGGUGUCCUUACCUUCCUUGCCUUAUUCUUUAGCUCAUUUUUUUUUUAUUUAAGCAAUAUUUUCGAGAGCAACCUAAUAUUGACAACAUUCAUAGGAACAAUUUAUGUAUUUGUUUCUUUAACCUGAUAAAAUUAGUAAGAGUGCAAAAAGUAUUUGCUGCCUCAUUAUUCAUCACCCAUUGGUAAAGUCUCCUUCCCAAGUCUCCCUCUCUGUUCACUGAUCCAGUUCACCAACUCUGCCUCCUGACAAAUGUAGCGUCACUCAGCCUCUCCCGUCCCCUUACGUCAGAGUUACGAAUGUGUGCUGCCAACAUGUACGCUCGCCUCACUGUGGAGAAUGUAUGCUGGCAGGGUAUGCAGUGACCGGGAGCACAAACACCCAAAGUGACCUAGGACCUGCCGUUUGUUAAGAUCGCGACGCUUAUAGCGCUGUCCUUUUAUUCUUUCGCUCAGGAGCUCCAUUCCUGCCUCGGUGAAUGUCUGCCGUGGGUAAAGAUUUAUUCCUCCUUUAGAUCAUUGUGUCAGGUGGAGUGUCCAGUAAGGGCAAAACAAAUAUAUCUAUUUUCCUUAUUAUUUCUUUGUUUUCUUUUUCAUUCAUUUGUUUUUUGUUGAAAGAAAAGCACUACAGUUGUAAGCUUGCUUUGCCUUCACAAAGUAAAUGUUGUAUUCUCUCAUUCCCUAAAAAAAAAAAAUAAAUAAGUAAAAAAAUAAAAUAAAAAUAGAAAUAAAAAUAAAAGAAUAAAUGAUAAAAUAAAAUAAAUUGAUGAUAUUAGAUGAAAAUUGAGUGGUAGUAACAGGCGCUCUCGGUAGCCCGUGUUCCUUCUGAAUUUCAUUUUCAAGGUCCAUGACAGACAUGUCUGGGAAAGGCAGGGGCGUUGCCUGCCAGGAUGCCCUAUUCACAGGGUUUUCUGAGGGCGCAUCAUGGCGGAUAUUCUUCUUAUAAAACCAGCGAGACUGAUGGUUUUCCAGGGAGCCCUGAACCUUGCUUGGUCACCCUUGGCCUCUCCCAUGUAGGCUCGCCCAUUAAAGACACAACCCGAUGAGCAGAAUUGUCCUCCUGGAAGCGGGAACUCAAUUGUGCGCACAGCCGGAAACCGUGUUCCAGGAAGACAAGCAUUAGGCCUCGACCCGUGCUCAUGGAACAACUUUUAUUCUGAUAGGCUUUCCUUUCUGUCUCCUUAAUAUAUACGCUAUAUCAUUGUAAUGUCUAUAACAUACACAGAGGCUUGGACACAGGAAAUACUUAAUUACUGCGGGAACUAAUUAUUGUUUCAUUUCAGAUAAGACUGCAAUCUUUCAGUAGCCAGACUUUUGAAUGUGCACAUUUCAUGAUUUUUUCUCAUAUAUCUGACUCAUCUUCUUUGUAAGAGUGGAGGACAACACCCACACUCGACCGCAACGAGGCGUGUCCAGUUUUACGUUUCAGAGUGUUUUGAGGUGUGACAGGAAGGCGGCGAGGUGGUGGUGUGUGUGGUGUGUGUGUGUGUGUGUGUGUGUUUGUGAGUGAUGUGUGUGGGUGGUGUGUGCGGGCUGGCGGUGGUGCGUGGCUGUGUGAUGCAGGGUGUCUGGGUGUCAGUGCUCCAGUCUGUAAUGGUUAUCUGUAACUCAUGUGAUGAAUAUAUUCUAUGAUAUAUAUUCGCUUUAUCUGUCACUAUAUAACUCCACGACGUACAUUUCUAAGUUCACGAACUUCUCCAAGACAUUUAGUUCCGUUGGCGAACCUUAGCGCCGCCAACCCGCGAGGGCUCGUGGUGCACGCGAGAGCAUCACUCACAUCACGAAUGUUUGUAAACAAAUCGUUAUUUUUGUAUUCCUGCGUGGGAAUUGGUCACUGUAAUACUACUAAUAUUAAUACAACAUGUAUUUACUGGACAUGAAUAAUACACAAUAAAAGUUAUAUACGGAGAA